AUGGCGCUGCGGCGCCUCCUGCUGCUGCUGCUGUCGCUGCUCUCGCUGCAGCCCCUGGACCUGCUGCCCGGCGCCUCGGGCGCCCGCGGCCGCGCCGCCAACCGGACCCUGAGCGCCGGCGCCGCGGCCGUCGGGGGCCGGCGGCCCGGGGGCGCCCUGGCCCGGGGCGGCCGCGAGCUGAACGGCACCGUCCGGGCGCCCGGUGGCCCGGAGGCGGGGAGCCGGCGGGGGCAGCCCGCGGCGGCGGUGGCGGCGGCGGCCAGCGCGCCCGUCACCUACGAGACGUGCUGGGGCUACUACGACGUGAGCGGCCAGUACGAUAAGGAGUUCGAGUGCAACAACAGCGAGAGCGGCUACCUGUACUGCUGCGGCACCUGCUACUACCGCUUCUGCUGCAAGAAGCGCCACGAGAAGCUGGACCAGCGCCAGUGCACCAACUACCAGAGUCCGGUGUGGGUGCAGACGCCCAGCACCAAGGUGGUGUCGCCGGGGCCCGAGAACAAGUACGACCCGGAGAAGGACAAGACCAACUUCACCGUCUACAUCACCUGCGGGGUGAUUGCCUUCGUCAUCGUGGCCGGCGUCUUCGCCAAGGUCUCGUACGACAAGGCCCACCGCCCUCCUCGGGAGAUGAACAUCCACAGGGCUCUGGCCGACAUCUUAAGACAACAGGGACCAAUCCCCAUAGCACACUGUGAAAGAGAAACUAUCUCGGCUAUCGAUAGCUCUCCCAAAGAGAACACGCCGGUCAGAUCAUCCUCGAAAAACCACUACACUCCCGUGCGCACGGCCAAGCAGACUCCAGGACAUUAUGGGAAGGAUGCUUACCGAAGUGGAGGACCUGAUCUCCAUAACUUCAUCUCAUCUGGAUUUGUCACGUUAGGAAGAGGACACACGAAGGGUGAUCAUCAGUAUAACCAUCCGAUUUUAAGCAGCGCUACCCAGACCCCUACACAUGAGAAGCCUCGGAUGAACAACAUCCUGACAUCGGCCACCGAGCCCUAUGACCUCUCCUUCUCCCGCUCCUUCCAGAACUUGGCCCACCUGCCCCCAUCCUACGAGUCUGCAGUGAAGACCCAUCCCAGCAAGUACUCAUCCCUGAAGAGGCUAACUGACAAGGAGGCAGACGAGUAUUACAUGAGAAGGCGGCACCUGCCCGACCUGGCCGCCCGUGGCACCCUCCCCCUCAACGUCAUCCAGAUGUCCCAACAGAAGCCGCUGCCGCGAGAGCGGCCCCGCCGGCCCCUCCGGGCCAUGUCUCAGGACAGGGUCCUGUCCCUGGAGCGGGGCCUGCCGGAUGAGUUUGGCAUGCCCUACGACCGCAUCCUGUCGGAAGAGCAGCUGCUCUCCACGGAGCGCCUGCACUCCCAGGACCCGCUGCUGUCCCCCGAGCGGACGGCCUUCCCCGAGCAGUCCCUGUCACGGGCCAUCUCGCACACGGAUGUCUUUGUGUCCACGCCCGUACUGAACCGCUACCGCAUGACCAAGAUGCACUCCCAUCCCAGUGCGUCCAGUAACUCCUGCGCCACCCUGGGCCACAGCCAGACGGCAGCCAAGCGCCAGGCCUUUGCCUCACGCAGACACAACACCGUGGAACAGCUGCACUACAUCCCAGGCCACCACACCUGCUACACAGCCAGCAAGACAGAAGUGACCGUGUGACCGGCAGGGCAGGCAGGGAGGGGUCGAGAGGGGCCUGGAGCAGAGCUUCCAGCUCUGGAUGGCUCCCUUCCCUCGACCCCUCUGUAGGAGCUGGGGGUGCACCGCCUUUGCCCGGGAAGCCAUACUCCUGGGACACGGCCGGUGGUCUGGCACAGCGCUCGGACCUGGGAUCUAGAGCGAUCAUCCUCACUCUUCCAGAAGAAUCGAAGGGGAGGGAGGAGCGGGGCUAGGCCCCAGUCUCGCCCCCCCCCCCGCCCCCCCCGCCGACUGUCACCAACUCCCUUUCAGUCCCACAUCCCCUCUCCCCAUCCUGGGGGCUCAGAGACCCUGGCCUGACCCUGGCCCGAAGCUGCCUGGGUUUGAAUUGGCCAGUGGGUGCAGUCAAGGGGCUCACCCUGACCGAACAGGCUACUCGGUCUCAUUCAUUUACUUAAAACCGCAUCACAGAAAUCUAGUGCCUAAAAACUGCCCGCUCGCUCUCUCAGAGCCAGGGAGCUGCUGUGUCCAUAAGCACAAUAAUGAUUCUCUUCUGCCUGCUGGAACUCUCUGGUGCCCACUGGGUGGCCCUUCCUCCGCCGACCCCCUGGGGCCCUGUGCCCCCUCCCCUAAGCCCCGGGACAGGGAGGGGUUCCCUUCCUUCAGCUGCCUCUUCAUGGGUGGGAACCCCACCCCAUUCCAGCUGGCUACCCCGCCCACAAGUCUCUGCCCCUCCCCCAGCCUUAGAUUCCACCCCUGGGUUCGCUGGAGCUUUGCUCUAGUCCUUCCAGAAGAGAGCAGGGACGGGGUGCAGGGACUUUUGCGGUGCCCCCCCCCAGCAACCUGGUGAUCUCCACACUUCCUCCAGGCCUCUAGGUCUGAACUGUGACCUGCUACUCUGGCCUGCCUUCCCCUCCCCUGCUUUUCUCCCAAGAGGCGUCUGCCCCUGGCCAGAGAGUGGAGGUGGAGAGGCGACUGUGACGCCCUGGGCCUCAGGGGCUCGCCAUUCCCAUCGCCCAGGGCUCCCACCACGCACGUCUGGCUUCUAUAGAGGGGCAGCUCAGCCCCAGCCAAGGAGGACCCCAGGUGGCUGUCCUGCACCUUGCCUGCUCCUCUCUCCCCAUCACUGCCCCCCUGCUUGGCCCCUUCUCUGUUUAGAACUUGCUCUCUCUGCCUGUUUCCCCACCCCUCCCACCCCUCCCAUUCUCCUGCAGCUCCAUGACUCUCUCCUGGCUGCUGCUUCCACAAACCAGUGCCUCCUUUGGAUCUAAGGGACAGAGACCCAUUAGCAGACGCAAAUAGUGGUACUCCAGGCUAUUGGUCUGGGAGUUAACUGAGUAGCUCCCCAGUCGCUCCCCCAAAGGGAGCAUUGGGCGCCAGGCAGAUCCAUGACCUCAGCUCUGUUGGGGGGCUGCCCCCGCCAGCCCAUCUCUUCUCUGCCUCCAGCCUGGGAGGUGGGCAGGAUGUGACAGCCACCUGGAGAGCAGACAGUGAACGACGCAGCAUCCACUCCCUGGAGACUAGAGCCUGGGGUGGGAGAGAGAAGGGGCUCCCCCAUUCUCAGGGCCAGGGUACCUCCCUGGGCUGGAGCUGGGGGAAUCGGCUUCAGACUAUUGGGUGAAGGUAUGAUACUAAAAAUGUGACUGCCGCCACGGUCAGACUCCAAAAGCAAAAACCUUAAACUGGGCUUUUAGAUUCCCCAGUUCCGCAUACAAUAUGUAUGGCCCUUUAAAUAGGGGGGCAGGGCAGGGAGAACUCCCCAGUGUUGGCCCUGGGAAUUUUUAAUCUAAUCCACAGAGAAAUCAAUUGACUGAUUCCUCUUACUUAUUCAAGAAUUCCAAAGCUCUUGUUCUCCCCCCUCCCCUCAAGGCUCACCAUCACAUGAAUCUGGAGGGGAUUGAGCUGGGGGUGAGGGACACAGCCCUGAAGUCCCCAAUGGGGUGGUACCACUGGGUCUGUGAGGCUGUGAGGCCAGAGGUAACUCUGCUUUCCUUCCUUACAAACACAUAAACCUUCUCAAGGGCUGGUCCCUAAGGGUUUAUGAGAUUUUGGUCCAGAAGGUGAGGCUAAGAGGGUUGGGCCGGAGGCAAUCAACGAUUCCUGGAAACGAAUGUGUGUCUGUCACAGCUGGUCCUCUCUGCCCACUGCUCUCUAAUCCAGCCCUCGGCCAGUCCCCUUGAAGGCUGCCUGCUGGUGCAGAGGGGAAAGGACGUGAGUGGGUGAGAAUCCCCUCCCCAGGUGUCUGCACACACAUGUAUCUGAACCAGAAACCAGAUCUCAUUCUGUGUCUGAAGCAUCAUCUCAGCACCAAGUCCUCCAGCCCUCAGAACGAUGCUCCUCCCAGCCCUGUGUGUCUGUCUCAGGGGUUGUUUGAUAGAUUGAUUCCGAAACAUUUCUCAUCCCAGCAUUCCUGCUGCCCAGUUUAAAACCUCUGGUAUCACUCGGAUCAAAAACUUCUACCUGAACCAUUACUUCUUUUAAAUGAUUCUUCUGUUUCACCCUUGGGUUUGGAAGGAGUGAGGGAGGGAAGGAAGGAAGGAAAUAAGAGAAAGAAGUCUACAGACUUGCUCCAGUUCAGUCCCUCAUUUCAAAAUCCACACAGUGAUGUCUGAACUGGGACACAGCAGUAUCUCAUUUAUCGGUCAUGCCAUCCAUGUCUGCAGAAUAAGCAAAGCUGAGUUACCGGACAAGUUCUUGUAGCAGAUAAGAGAGGGUUCUGGGGCUGCAACCCAGAUGUCCUGACUUCCAGCCUCACCAGGCUGGUGGCCACUACUACACUUGGAAGGGCUGGCCCUUCCCCGACAAUGGAAGCCCGCCUCCCCCAGCAAGGGAAGCCCAAAGCCCAAAGUUUCCCUCUGCUUGUCCGGCUCUCUGUGUGAGUUUCCAUUGCUCUGCUGGUAAUGCACUGCGGUCUGCAUGGGUUCUCUCCUGCCCUGAAGGUUCUUGCUCAUCUGCUUGGCCUUUGAUGACAGCGAAGCUCUCACAAUCUAUCAUGUCCUUCCACCUUUCCUGCCUCACUUCCUCCAGUGAAAUUCUGGCUCCGUGAGCUCAUAAGUCACAAAGGCUUUCCCAUAAAUUCCUUGAACCCCCUAAAUGGGCUUCUGCACUCACGGCUCCCCAGUGUCUUGGGUGAUGGGUCUGCCUUCUAGAAAGUUCCAACCCUUCUCUUCAUUCAAACGUCUUCUGUCCUCUUUCCACUCUCCUACCUGGAAACUGACCUCAGUCUUCUAUGCCCAUUCAGUCCUUCCUCCCUCUCAUCUCCCCCGCCUUGCCCUUUUCUUCCAUUUACCUCUCUCCAUCCAUACUUUCUUUUCCCUGGUCCUGCUGUACUUUCUGGCUCUGAAAUGUAGAGCUCUCAAUGAAAACAGUCCCAGAAUGAGACACUCUUCAGGUCUCUGUUGGCCUCAUUGGUUUAUUCUUCACCUCCUGCCCCUACGAGAUAAAGGAUGGGAGCUGCUCUGUCAGAGGCCUCAUGGGUCAGAGAUCAGCUUUGGUUCCUACAGCUGACAUGUCCCUGAAGCCUCUGCCCCAGCCUGUUGCUAGCCCAGAGGCUCCUGCUCUGGCCAAAGAUUCAUAUCCUUUUUGAGGGCUCUCGGUCACUGUUCCAUCUCACUUGUGCCUGUCCUGCUUGUGUGCGUCACAGAUCCCUCUUUGCCCCUAAAGACUGGAGAGCCUCAUGACUCUCCAAGCAUGGGGAAAUAUCCGUUCCAAUAACCCUGCCACAAAACAAUCCAUUUUCUUCAGAGAUAUCUUGUCUGCCACCAGCCUUCUGGCCUCAAGUUUCCAUUCACAGGCAACUGUGGACCUGACCCAAGGUAAUCUGCAAGGGUUGCCCAUGAUCUGGGUCCUAGGAAGCACCUGCUCUGUUCCCCCCACGUGACUUCCUCCACCAUCCUCCCCAAACCUGGGAAACUUGCCUCUGCAGUAUUUUCAAGGAAGCUCGUUGUGUUUCAAUGAAGUGUUUUUCAGGGUUCCUAUUUUUUAUACAUAUACAUAUAUAUAUAUACAUAUAUAUAUACAUAUAUAUAUAUGUAUAUAUAUAAGUUCAGCAUCUUAGUGACAGGUUCUAUAUGAAAGCUAUGUCUUCCUAGGCUCUAUAUUUGAUUUCAGAAGGCAGCGUACUACAGCAGGAAAAAAGCACAGGGCUGAGGCUCUUGGAGACGUGGCUCCGGCCCCGGCUUUGUCUCCGUCUUGCCAUGCGACCAAGGACAAGCCACGUUCUCACUCAGCACCUCCGUUUCCCAUCUGUAAAGUGAGGGGCUUUGACCAAAGGAGUUCUGAAGUUUCAUCCCGCUCUUACAUGUAGGGCUCCCAUUCCCCACUGGCACCCGCUCCUCUCCUCAACUGGGCUGCACACAUCCCAUUCCACCCACCCCACGGCGGCAUCCUCACAUGCCCUAGGCAGCCACCAGACUCCUCUCCAGAACCUGGGGAGGGCCCUGUGGUCGCAACCACCCGGGAUGCUCUCCUGUCUGACGGUGUAACAGCCUACCCAUUCAGUGGUUUACCAACCAUGUGUCAUGGAAUCCCCCCCACCAUCUAGACACACCUAAAUCAUCUUAGGUGUCUGUGUCGUUGGGGAAUUCUGAAGUUUUCAUUUUGAUGCAGUCCUUAAAGCUGGAGGGAGCUGGUUCUGAUUUCAGAGAGGGGACAGGCUAGAGGAGAAAGGUCCAGAGGUUGGCCCACAAUGGCAUGAAGUUUGUAUUUGAGGGCAGCUUGGAAACGCAUUCCAAGCCACAGAGGGGAAUGCACAGCAGAGCCCCUGUGGGGCAGUGGAUGUUAUAUCCCCCUCCAGAACCUGUGUCCUGAAGACCGAGUCCAGACACUGGGCUCCGUUCACCUGGAGGAGGAGGAGACAUCCCCCCUGGGCAGCUAAGAGGUGGGCACCCACCCCAUCCCAGUACCUUUCUAGCCCCUCCUUGUGACACUGUCAUCCUCCCGGUGAAAGCUUGUGAAGAAGCAAGAAUUGAGAGUCCAAUUCAGUAUCAUUGAACCCAUCUUGUAAAUCGACAAACACAUCAACCAUCCAUCAGUCAGAGAAAUGACGUCAUAUGUUUUCUUAGUACCGUCCCUCCUGAGGGAGAGGAAGACCCCUGCUCAACUCUGCUGUCCACUCCUGCUGUGACCCUUGAAUGCCACUGCCUGGGAGGACUCAUUCAUUUGCUUCGUAGUGGCAAUAUUCCUCUAGUUCUAUAACUCAACUAGACAUUUUGUAGUAAAGAAUUAUUGAAAUUCUCUAAUAAAAAAAAAAGCAAUUCUUACUGUAAUGUUUUUAGUUUGGGGACACAAUUUCCUAAGGGGAGAUUAAUGAACAUUUUUACGCAUUAGCCCAAUUUAUGGAUUCCAUGUUUAUUACAUAUGAUAGUACUGAUGAAAAGUACCUUUCUAUCUGUACCUUUGCACAGUUUCUUCAUUCCUCGUAAGUAAGCUUCACGAUGAGCAGUGCUCCUGUAACUGCUGCUUCUGUACAAAUCUCAUCGUUCUACUUACCUGUCAAAGCACAUUCUGUAUGUACUGUAAACAGAUAUGACUUUAGUAAGAUUUAGUCUUAAGGAUUUUUCCACUUUUGUCAGUAACAGAUAUUUAUGGAUUAAAAAAAUAAUAAAGCCGUUUCAACAUAACCUAUGUCUCUUAAAAUAGCCACAUGCUUGCUUCUACAAACACAGAGCCAAAACUAAAGGUAACUAAAAAUCACAAAAUGAUGUAGCAGAUCACUGGAGGUGGGAGCAGAAACAGAGAUUGACCGCAAAUGGGAAUGAGGAAGAUUUUAGGGUGAUGGAAGCAUUGUAAAACUGGAUUAUGGUGAUGCCCACAAUGGCAUAAAUUUACCAAAAAUCAUCAAAUUGUAUAUUACAAUGGGUGAAUUGUAUGAUAUGCAAGUUAGAUUUUUUAAAUGGUGAACAAAAGGAAUGUAGGAAGGUAGGCUUAGAACAAGUGCCAAUGGAUAAGGUGUACCAACUCAAAGCAGAAUCAGAAGUUACAACCUUGUAUCCAUAUUCAUCGACUCCAGUAUUAUUAUUCUGGGACAUGAGGCCUCAGUUUGGUUUUAGAGUUAGUGCUUGCAGUUGCCAUGGGUGACCAGAGUACAGGUGGUUAAAUAGCCAUGACAUUUUAACCAGAGAAUGAGGUUGUGCCAUGAAAACUGAUUUAGAUUCGGAGUCUUGCUCAAGACCUCCUUCUCUGGACUUGUUUUUUUAUAUUAUUUCCUUUGGCCCAUAUUUACUUUUGCUGCUAAGGUCAUCUGUUGUUCUGUGUUUCUGAAUUUUCCCCAUAACCUAGAUACUGGUGGGCUCUGCUUCAGCAAACAAAGUAUUGCCAAACAGGACAUGGCCUUCUGCCAGCUUCAGCACCUCCGUAGUUCCUAGAAUCCACACUCAGUUAUACUCUCUUACCAACUGCCCAGCUCCUUUGUAAUUAAAACCCUUCUCCUUGGCUGAGUCGAGCUAAUAGUCAAAAAUCCUUUUAUUAUCUCUUACCAAUGGCAUUCUUUACCUAGGACAAAGUUAUAAACCUGUUUACUCUUCGAAUACAUAAUAACACAUAACCACACAUAUCCUGAAACCUGUUUUGCUCACUACAACAAUCAUUAUUACAGUGGAUUACCUCUAGGUCGUGGUGUCGUUAAUCCAUGAUGACACACAGCAAACACACACACAUUACAAGUAGAGCAAAGCUUCAUUAAUCUAUAUUCAUUACUGGAAGGAAACCCAAAGGAAGACAAAAUUCUGAGUUGGCAAAAAAAAUUAUUUUUAGAGAAGUGCAAUUUAAUUACAAUGCUUACACAUACACAGAAUGGCUAGAUUAGACUAGCAAUAUGUUUCCUCAUAGAAAAUCACAGGAGACCUUCCUUACCGAACAGGUAAGACUAAUGUGUAAUUGAUAUAAAAACGGUCAAGAGGUUUGAGUCAAGGAAUUCUGAACAUGCUUAACAUGGUUCUUAAAUCGGCUAAACGUCCACUUUUUAAAAAAAUUUAUUGAAGUACAGCUGAUUUACAAUUGUUAAUUUCUGCUGUACAGCAAAGUAAUUCAGUUAUACAUAUAUAUACAUUAUUUUUCAUAUUCUUUUCUAUUAUGGUUUAUCACAGGAUAUCGAAUAUAGUUCCCUGUGCUCUACAGUAGGACCUUGUUGUUUAUCCAUCCUAUAUAUGAUAGUUUGCAUCUGCUAAUCCCAACCUCCCAGUUCUUCCCUCCCCCACCCCUCCUCUCCCUUGGCAACCAUACAUCUGUUCUCUAUAAACAUCCACUUUUAAAUAUCAUUAACUCAAAAUUUGUUCAAAUUUUCCUCUUUGAUUCUCAAAGUUAAACCUCAAUGUGGCCCCUGUCGCAGUUGUCACUAAUUCUAAAUUGGUGAGAUCUAUACAAAUGAGGUCUUACUAUACCAUCAUUAAUAAGUCAAGGCCAGAGAAAACUCAAUGUUGGAAGCAUUGAGAUGCCAGGGGUCUUGGACAGCCUUUCACCUUCCAUGUCGCUUUGGACACUGAACUUUCUCCUCUCUGGCUGAGCAUGAAGGAAGUACAAAACCUCUAGGGAGGAGUAAGAAAGAUUUCCCUUCAAGAUUCUAAGAAGAAAACCAAGGACACUCACUCUUUGUGCUGCAAAUGUGUCAGGAGUGGGAAAAUCAGAAAGAGCAGACGUUCAAAGGAAUGCUUGGCAAGUUCCAGAAUAAGUGAAUCAGUAACUUUUAUACCAGGGA